AAUGCCCAAGUCGUCCAGUGGACACGAAGGAACCCAGAAAAGCAAGUUGUCAUAUUCCAAGCGGACCUGUCUUGGCCACCACACCAAAUGCUCUCAUGCCUUAAGGCCCAUAAUUACCAAAACUCCAACUUUCAAUUAUCUUCUAUUUAUUGCUUCUAUCGUUUCUCUAUCUUUUCUGGGUUUCUGUUUAUUUACCCUUUUCUUUUCUUCUUCGUUGUAUAUAUUUUCUUUUUGGUCUCUUGAAAUUUUCCAAUAAUUCCUUUUUGAUUUGCCACCAAUUAUGCAAGCAACUCAAGCAGCCAACAAUGGAGUUGCAGAGAUUCCUUCACAGGGUGUUCUAAAACACAUGGAACCCUCCAACGAAGAAGUUUCAACUCCAGAACCAGGAGGAAGGCGCUUGGAUCUUUCAGUUCAGAUACCCCCUAGACCUAUAGGUUUUGGCACUAGUAGGAGUGGAAAAGGUUUAAUCCACUCCCAAAAUUCAAGUAAAGGCAGUUCAUCAUCUGGAGGUUUAUUGCGUGGUUUAAGCUUCAAGAAAAAAGGUGUUGUAGUUGUACCUGAUGGUGAGACUGAGCGGAGCUUUCUCAUCAAUUCAGAUCCUACUACAGCUCCAGAUAGUCCUGUUAUGGCCAGUCUCAGGUCUGCUUGGAAAAGAUGCACAUCUCUUCCUGUUAAACCUGCAUCAAACUUGUCACCUUCAGUUUCCACCCCCAUUUCUGCAAGAAUGCAUGGUGAAUCUCAUAAAACAAGUAAAGGAGCAGCUCAGGGAGUUGUUUCUAGGUCCCUCUCAGUGCCUGGGCAGAAUAUUGUAAUUGUGCGGUCUUCAUCUUUUGCUGCUCGCAAUGAGAAUGACGUGACAAAUCCAAGCAAUGAUCAAAUUUCUGUUCCUGUAGAAGUUGAUGAUGAAGAAAUUCCUGAAGAGGAAGCUGUAUGUAGGAUCUGUCUUGACGUAUGUGAAGAAGGAAAUACACUCAAGAUGGAGUGCAGUUGCAAAGGUGCUCUUCAACUUGUACAUGAAGAAUGUGCAGUUAGGUGGUUUAGCACAAAAGGAAAUAAGAGCUGUGAUGUAUGUGGGCAAGAAGUUAAGAACUUACCUGUAACUUUGCUUCGAGUGACGACCUCAGCUCAAAGCAACAACAGACAGGAACAGAGUAACCAUUUGAGGUCACAAUCUAUAAGUGCAUGGCAGGACUUUGUAGUGCUUGUCUUAAUUAGCACCAUAUGCUAUUUCUUCUUUCUGGAGCAAUUAUUGAUUCAUGACAUGAAGACUCAAGCGGUCACAAUUGCUGCACCAUUUGCAUUUACUUUAGGCCUUUUGGCAUCUAUCUUCGCCGUCAUUUUAGCAAUCAGAGAGUACAUAUGGACAUAUGCUGCUCUUGAAUUUGCACUCAUAGCCGUUUUUGUCCACUUAUUUUAUAGUAUGAGGAAUCAAUGCAGUGUUGGCUUGUGGAUUUAUGUGGUAACGUUAAUCCAGAAGGACGGUCAUUUCUUGUCCAUGAAGAUGCAAUGGUUUUCAUUACUUAUUGUUCAGUACAUGGUUGGUGUUGGAGGGUAAAGGAGAAACUGGUAAUUAGGAUAUCGUAUAGUUUCAGUAUUUUAAGCUGCAGGAUUUGGGUCAGAAACAAUUUAAAUACCAUAGGUGCUCUUUAAGGAUCAUUUUUGAAUUAAGCUUUUUAAAUAGGUUAUCUAACUAGCUCUGCUGCCAUAUUCCAGUACCAUCGAAACUUGGGAUUUCUAUACCAUCUUAGUUCCACUCUAUCCAUCUGCAGCCAUGCAACUAGACCUUUCAAGAACUAUAAGGGCAAGUUUUGCUAGUGACGUUUCCUUAGCACAACAUGAAAACUUGUUUUUCUUGUAUUCUGAUUCAUUCCCGCAGUCAAUCUUUAUACAGUUUUCUUCUUUUUAGAAUCUUUAAUUUCUAUUACUUCCAAUACAAAUGCAUCUCAAGGUCAGGUUUGUGAACCUUCUCAAAAUUUGCUCUUAUCAAAAGUUAAUUAGACAAGAGAACAUGAUGAAGCCCAUUCCAACUUAGCCAAGAGGUUGAUAAGAAAUGCCAGAACGCAAAGCUAUUGAGGAAAACCAUCACCCAUAUCAGAGGACCAAAAUCAGUAAGUGAUUGCCAAUUGCAGCUACAUUAAUGAGACAGCCAACUGCUCAAUUCCUCAUGAAAACAGCGUGCAAUUUUUCUAACAUCAAUAGUAAAUCUUGGUAAAUUUUUAAGUUGUAUGACAUUCAGGCUAUUUUCAUUUGCUUCACUGUUUCCAAUUUCUUUAUUUGGCUAUUUACACAUUGUUGGAAGUGGGAAUUAUUCCUUACACCUGACUAUUCUUCUUGGCGUGCUAGAGUUUCGAAUUUGACAGUGUAUCUCUGUUCUCUUGCUCUUUAGAUUAGUAAAGGAUAUUAGCUUUUAUUUUAGGAUACAUCUGAACUUUUUGAUUUCACUGA